AUGAAUAGAUUAGAAACAACACUUAAAAUUAUAGUAGAAGAUUGUGGAUUUUCAUUAAAUGAAAUUGAAUUAUGUGAUAAAGAAAAAGAAGGAAGUAUUGAUUCAUUCACAAAGAAAAGACAAAUGAUUUAUCUUCAAGUUUGUGAAGUUGAGAAAUUAUGUGAUCUUCGUGUAAAAGAAGAAGCAAAAGAAGAAUGUACUUCAGUAGUUCAGCUUACUAUAGAAAUUAAAAGGAAAAUUAAAAGUAUUGAUACAAUGUAUGAUGAAUUAAGAAAGGAAUAUCAAGAAUAUGCAACAGAACAAUUAAAAAAGAAAAAUCAAAAUGAUGAAAAAUUAAUUGAAUAUAGACUUUCAUUAAAAACAGUAGAAGAUGAAAUUGAAACAAUGAAAAUGAUUGCUAAAAGAGGAAUACAAAUUGAAGAACAUUUUCAUAUUAAUGGAAUUGAAGGAUUUAGUGUUGGUUCACUUCCAGAAAGUGAUGAUAAACGAAUUAGAGAGAUUGAAGAAAAUGAUAAAAACAUAGAUAAUAAAUUAAGUAUAAUUCAUGAAGGAGUUAAAGAUUUAAAAGAAGUUGCUACUAGUCUUAAUCAACAAGUAGAUGAACAAGAUAUGAAAAUUGAAUUAAUAACAAAAAAAGUAAAUAAACAAAUUUCUCAUUUAGAUGAAAAAAAUAUAAAAUUAAAAAGAAUAUUAGAACAUGUAAGAGGACCAGAUCAAUUAUGUUGUACAAUAACAAUACUUUUUGUAAUUUUUGGAGUUGUAAGUGUUGGUGCUAUGAUUUUAAUGAAAAAUUGA